UCCUCUUGGCUGAGAGACUGUGCUUGGUGGCAGACUGCAACGUUGCAGGACUAUGUGAGUUUAGAGGAAUCGUGCACGAGCAAAGGGGGCAGCACUUCUUGAACUCCCACCCUAAAAAAAAAAAAAAAAAGUUUGUCCUGAGUGGGUGCGACAGGUAUGUAGCGGAGGCGCAGAUACGCUGGACUGUUAAAGCCGAGCUGACCGCUGACACUGAGGAUUGUCUGUCGAACUCUACAGGACGGGGAUAUAUAAAGCAGACCUCUGCGACUGGACGCUGCGGUUCGUACCUGUUCUGGAGUCGGCACUUGUGUUGCCACGUUGGGGGGUUAGCGGGCCACAAGGCUUCUUCGGUUUUCUUCGAGGUGUUACUCCCGCCAAGAUGCCCCGGUCUUUCCUCGUGAAGAAGUACUUCGCCACGAAAAAACCGAAUUACAGCGAACUGGAAAGCCAAGCAGUUGUCCUAUCCCCACUACAGCCGUCAGCUCUCAAAGAGACAGAGAUUACAGCUGGUUGCCCACCAGUUAUUGUGUGGGACGUAGGGGUACUCCCAGCUCUCUACAAUGCUGAAGCAAGUCCGUCUUUGGAGAGUCCCACCCCACUUGAUCUGAGUUCCUUAUCCAGCAGUGAGGAAGAUGAGUGUCGGACCUCUGAUCCACCUAGUCCUGCUGAAGCGGACCUCUUUCAGUGCCUUGAAUGCCAUAAAUCUUACAGCAGCCCUGCUGGGUUAUCUCGCCAUCAGGUGUCGCACUGCCGCGGUGCUUCCUCUAGGCUGGUGGGCCGAGCCUUCCGCUGCAAGCACUGUCCCAAGGAGUAUGGCAGUCUGGGAGCCUUGAAGAUGCACAUACGGUCCCACACCCUGCCCUGUGUCUGUCCAACUUGUGGGAAGGCCUUCUCUCGGCCCUGGCUGCUUCAGGGACACAUCCGAACACACACUGGAGAGAGGCCCUUUUCCUGCCAACACUGUAGCCGGGCAUUUGCUGACCGAUCUAACCUGCGGGCUCACUUGCAGACUCACUCGGACAUCAAAAAGUACCAGUGUACAAAGUGCUCCCGAACCUUCAGCCGCAUGUCCCUUUUGCACAAGCACACAGAGAUGGGCAGCUGUGGCUCCUCCUGAGAUGCUAAUUUGUCAACUCCUUUUCGGACUUGGGGGUGGGGAAGUAAGGGGGCUGUGACAGUGGGACACAUGCGCAUUGAGUCAAGGUCAUCAACACUUUUAAGUUGUCUCUGCCUUGCUUGUUUCCAAAGCUUGGGAGUCACCUGUUUGCAUGUCCAUUGUGAUGGACAGUGGUACUCUGUCCUGGUGGCAACUUAUUUCAUUUUCUCAGAGCUCUCCAAGAAGGACAAUGAUUGCCCUUGGCCUGUUCCUGUUGACCAUCUGUACAAGCCCUGCUCACUAGGAGAGUGAUCUACCCUUUGCCUUCACUGGAUGCUGAACUGCAGAGUAAAAGAGACAAGUCUGUUCAUUCAGGUUUUAAUUUUUAAGGGAUUUGUUUCAAGCCAUAUACUGUACAUCACAAACAUGCAUAUGCGCGCACACACACACAUACACAGACAGAGUGGUCCAACAAAGAAACAGGUGUCAGGCCGAAGCAGCGGCCGUGUUGGAACAGCUGAGAGCGUUAGUUUCUCGGCCUGGGUGUUGACAGGUGCAGAUACUAGUCUUAACACAAGGCUGUUGACAGUUGUGUUCCUGCAGGGUGCUGUGGCAAAAAGUAAACUGACGUGCUUCAAUGCGGAUGGGUUCAAUAGUGUGCUUUUCCUCAAGUGUCACCUCAUUUGUAAUGGCUAGUUCUGCAUAACCUUUUAACUGGGGAAGCUUUCCCCAGAUAUGCCAAAAAUGAUGAAUAGCCCAGGAUCAUCGUCCUCCUCGUACAAAUGUCUGUAGACCUGCAGUAAAAUCCUUGUAUGGGAGAGUUGAACAUUUCUUGCCUCUCCAUUUCAUCAGUUUGUUUGUUUAUUUUUGAGAAGAGCCUUGAGCAAAUGUCAUUAGUUUGUUCUUUGCUGACCGUACUGGAUGUCUGCGUCCUGCAUCUGGAGAUUUACUGUAUUUUGGCCUUGGGUUUCUGUUGCUGACCAGAAGUCUUUUGAGAACUAUUUACAUUUUAGACUUGGCUUUCUUAUGUCAAAUGAUGGGCUCACAAUUUUAUUUUAUUUUUAUUAUUUUUUUUUUUUUAAAUUA